CAUAGUACUCAAACGAACUAGUAAUUGUUGUUGUUUUAAUUUCUCUCAGAAACCUUUGCUUCAGGGAGAUUUAAAUGAUGCGAAAUAUCAUGGUGGCUUCAAAUCAAACAAUAUCAAUGACCAAUUGUCUUACAGUAACAGAGAAAAUAAGAAGUAGAGAACCAAUUUUAUAUGAAACAGAAAUAUCAGUGUUAAUGCUGAUCUCUGUGGUUAUUAAUUUAAAGUGGACUUCUGUAUGUAUCAUCUUCGACAAAGAAACAGAAAAAGAAGCAGCUCAGUUUAAUCAAGAUCUUUCCGAAGUUGAAAUUUUUGCUGUAUCGUACAAUAUGGAGGAGAUAACGUCUUCUGACAUCGAUCAUUUGUCAGAUAUAGAUUCAACUCAUUCACAGAACAUCAUCAAGUUUAUUGUGUUGUGUCGUUUAGAAGCAUGUGAGAAAUUUUUACAUCAGCCUUUUGAUUUUGGACGAAAGCAUGUAUGGCGAAACUCUCUGCUUCAUUUUUCAAGAUGGCUAGUGGGUGUUUUCCAUAGAGAUGGACAGAAUAUUUUUGAAGGCAAUUCUAAUAUAACGUUCGACAAUAUAGCAGUAAUACAUUAUUUCACUGCAUCUGGAAAUCAAAAACUCAAUCAAACGCAUUAUUCAAAAAACAAAUUUGGAUGGAUACCAAUCGAGACAUUAAUGUGGAGGGAAUCAACACGACGAGAAUUAUCAAAAAUUGGAUACGUUAACUUGAAUGGAAGUUUACUCCUCCAAAAAGAUACAACAAUCUUUCAUAAUAAUGGAAGUGACCAUCUUGAAAGUUUUAUCUACCCAAAUACAGAGUUUGGGUUUAACCAGAGGAAAUUCCUGAUGGGCACAUUGCCAUGGGCACCGUUUGUGGAACUUGACGAAGAAAGGAACCAAUAUAGUGGCCUCACCAUCGAAGUAAUCCAAGAACUAUCACAUAUACUUAACUUUACAUAUGUAUUAAAAGCACCAUCUGAUGGAAAAUGGGGAGCAGACAAGGGAAACCAGUCGUGGAAUGGUUUGUUGGGGGAGAUUCAACGUAGAGAUAUUGAUUUGGUUGCAGCACCAUUAGCUAUCAACUCAUACAGAGAACAAGUAAUGGACUUUACUCAUCCAUAUUAUUAUGAACAUUCAGGAAUUGUCAUCAAAAGACCACCUCAUGAACACUGGAGAAAAUUACUGAACCCCUUAAACGUAACAGUCUACCUAUAUAUUGGAAUAUCUCUACCAGUAAUAACUUUGCUCUUAUUUCUCUUUGAAAAGUAUAAUCCAUUUUACAGAAAUAUUGCUGGAAGAAAGAUCAUCAGAGGGUUACAUCAUUUCUCUGAUGCAUUCUGGUACAUGUAUGGAGCCUUACUUUGUCAAGGAGGGGAGCAUAUUGCAGUAUCGUCAGCGGGUAGGACACUUCUAAGUUGCUGGUGGAUAUUUUGUAUUGUAAUUGUUGCUACAUACAGUGGAAAUUUUGUGGCUUUUCUAACAUUCCCGAAAGAUAAGCUACCAUUUAAAGAUAUAGAAGGAUUGGUUGAACAGUCAACGUAUAAAUGGGGUACAGCAGGAGAAACAAUUUAUGAAACAAUUUUCAAGAACUCCGAAUUACCAGAAAGAAAGAAAUUAUGGAAUGGCAUGAUAGGAUUUAAUCAAACAGACCCUUCUGUAUUUAGCAGUGACCCUGCGGAACAAAUACGAAAAGUAGAAGGCGGCAAUUAUGCGUAUGUUGCAGAUAAAACGUACAUUGAACUAGCUAUAUCACACAAAUGUGACCUGUCACUGUCACCGUCAGAUAUCCAGCCUAUAUUGUAUGCAUUUCCGUUACCCGAAACUUCUCCGUUUGUUAAGACAUUUUCUGAUGCUAUAAUUUCCAUAGUCGAUAGUGGACUGAUUCAAAUGUGGAAAAUGAAAACAUGGCCAAAGCCUGGACCAUGUCAGCAAUUAAAUAGCACAGAAGCUAAGACUAUUUUUCUAAUAGACUUUCAAAUUGCAUUUUACAUUGUAGCAGCCGGAGUAGUAUUAGGUUGUUUAUCUCUUCUCUAUGAACACAUUAAACUAAAAUGUGGGAUAUGUAUAGAAAAAAGGCAGCGAAAGAAGAAGGAAAACAACACAAAUGGAUUUAGAAAGUCUACUGAGUUAACUGACGUAUUUUACUCUAAUAGCCUUUAUGACGAUAACGAUGAUUCGCCAAUGAAACUGGCUAUUCGACGACAGGUUGGCUCUAGUGUGUCAAAAACUAGAAAACAUAAUAUUAACGAAAUAUCAGUUAUCGGAGUUUGUGACGAUACUUCUGAGAAGUAAUGUAUCAUCAUGACUAAUUGAAACUUUAUAUUUUUCAUGAUCAGCGUUAAUAUUUUUCUAGCAAAAAUUAAAAUUUUGGAAGAUCGAAAAUUUUAUCAAACACUUAUAUAUUAUGUAACUAAAUAAUUAUAAAAUUAUAAAAAUUAUAAACAAACGGAUUGCCCUAUUUUUAAAAAGCAUUAAUGCCAGUGUAUUCUUUACUUCUCCAUAUUGCAGCACCAUAUUCAGUAGUCCAGACGUAUAGACCACUUUUUCCCGUGUUUUUUUCAUUUUUAAGAUUACUUAAUAAUGCAUAUUAUUAUUAUGAUGUAAUAUUACACAUGCUAAUUGACUAUUGUGUAAUAAUGAAAAUUAAAAAUAAAAAUAAAAUAGUUAAAUGAAUAAAUGAAUGAAUAAAUGAAUGAAUGAACAGUAGGUAACAUCAGAAAAUGUAAUUGACUUAAAAUAAAAUAAAUAGAUAUAAAAUACCCACUCAGUAAUAGCAUAUCUCCUAUUCUUAUCCAUUUCUAUAUAUCCUCAAUUCAUUUUUGAAUUCAUUUUUGUUUUCACAAAAAGAAAAAAAGCGGAAAAAUUUAAAAUUAUAAAGACAAGUGAAUAACUCAAUCCGAAUAGAUGGAACGAUGAUACUCAUAACACUAUAGUGCUUAUAAAGUACCUAUAUUUCAGUAUAACAUAUAACACAUAUGUAGCUAAUUAGAAUAAAGAUAAAACCUAUCAAUAAUCAAAAUAGAGAAUACGUAGCAAUAGAAAGUAUUUAACCAAUCUUUAAUUCCAUCUGUUGAUAGUGCAAGUUCAGAUUCAAUAUUUUAUUAAAGUCUCACCACUUAUAACACAUAUAAUACAAUCGUUAUUAUAUAUACAUUGUAUAAAACAGUAAACUCAUCAUCAGAUAAAAUAUUAAAAUCAACGUUACUUCUUUUAACUUCUUAAAUAAACUUUCAGCAAAUUUACAUAUAAAGUACAGUCUAAAAAAAAACAUGUUUCUCAUCUUCAAUUUGAUCAUAACAUAAAAAGCAAACUCUUUCAUUUACAGUUUUAUUUUCAUAACGACCUGUUUCUAUUUGCGAAGGGGCGACGCCACACCUAAAUUUAGCAAAUGCACUUCUGUAUCGACUUGAAAUGUUCUUCCUCAAAUACAUCUCUGUUUCAAAAAUAUCUUUAAACAAUUUAUAAGUCCGUAAUUAUUUUCCAACAUUUUGUGACAAUAUUCUAUUAUGCCAAUUUACUUUAUAAUUUUCAAAUAAAAAAUCUUUCAACUGUGUUAUAACAUUUUUAUGCAACACAUUCUCUAAAUUAGUGCAGAAAUCUAAAAUACAUUCUCUAAAUUUUUCAUAAUUCUGUUACACCAGUUUUACUUUUCAUUAAUAACAUUUCUUAAAGCCCAUCGGAAUACUUUAUAAUUCACUCCAUCUGUUGACAUAGCAUUACAUAAAGCCCAAUGUCUAAAACCACAACUCCACUGCUUAAUGCCUAGGUCACACAUUCACGGAUUUGACGCCGUAUUAGCUACGGAUACGAUCCGGCAUCAUUCGUGGCAAUCUGUAUUGGUCUGUAGAUUUCCGUAUUGUAGCCGUAGUCAUACGUAGUAGUACUUGUAUAUCCGUGACAAUUUUUCAACAUGCGCAAAAUUUGACCACUGAUCAAACAACCGUAGUAUAUCCUUACUGGAACGUAUUAGAACUUACUGAUCCGUUUUAGUCCCUAUUAAAACCGUUUAAUCCGUACUUAUUCGUGGUCCCGAAUUAUUUCUACGGUUAGUUCCGGAGAACUACGUACUAGUACGGUUACACCACGUAAUUGUUAAGGAUAUAAUACCUUUUGUUACGAAUUUGUCAUGGAACGGCACGAUCUCAUUACGUUGCAUUAUGGAUAGCUAGGGAUCAGCCAGGGUUCUCAAAGUCUUUUACGAUUUACUACGUUACAACACGACAAAAUACGGAAUAAUACGGUCCACGACAAACUAACAUCAGGCUUCUGUAUAAAUAUUCCCUACUUAUGGGACCCAACGUAGUCUGUGUCUUGCGGUAGAGGUAUACAUAACAUUAUUCAACAUGAACAAUCAACAACUGAUGCUUGCAAUAUUAAUUAGCUGGAAUUGGAUAUUGAUAUGGCACAAAAUGCCAGGGCAGUGUUCGAGCUACUUGAUGACAGACGUAAAGGUGACCGGAGGCAGAGGAGAUGGUGGACUAGGGACUGGCUUUUCCGACGACCUAUCUAUGGCCAGUAUGAGGCCAUAAUGGCUGAACUUUGUGCGGAAAAUCGGGCUGCAUUUAAGAACUUUGUAAGAAUAGACCCAAAUAUAUUUCAAGAACUGCUACAUGUCAAUGGUCCGGGGUACAGACAGUCAAUCGAUUCUGGAUUUAGGCUAGCAAUCACCCUGCGAUACUUGGCUACGGGGGACAGCUACCGGACAAUGAUGUAUGAUAUCCGGGUUGCGCACAAUACCAUCUAUGGUAUUGUUCAGGACAUCUGCGAGGCCAUAGUUUCAGUGUAUGCUGUGGAUGUCAUCGAGACUCCUACUGAACAGUGGCAGGCUAUAAUAGCUGAAUGGUUUACAGCAAAAUGGCAGUUCCCCCAUACGUUGGGUGAUCUAGAUGGCAAACAUGUAGCCAUACUGUGUCCUAAGAACGGAAGAUCCCUAGUCUACAACUAUAAAGGAUAUCACUCAGUCGUGCUGAUAGCCCUUGUCGACGCCGAUUACAAAUUAUGGAACCAGAGUGACUUGAAGAAGGCCAUUGAAAUGGGGUAAAUCGGCAUGCCAACAGCAACCCCUCUUCCCGGUGACGACAAACCAAUGGGCUAUUAUAUCAUCGCAGACGAGGAUUUUUAACUACCGCUAAUCGAGGGACAGAAGAGUUGUAGAGAAUACCUUUGUUAUUCUUGCAAAUAGAUUCAGAUGUUUGCUCUCAGUCAUGAACCGUGCACGUCAUAGUUCUGUGCCUAUACAACAACAUUAUGAGGGUCAGAUAUUCUGGUGAUCAGAACCCUCUAAUGGACCAAGAAAACGACGACCACCAAGUCAUUCCCGGAGCCUGGAGAGAUGGUGUCAACAUGAACGAUGUGCAGAUCCCCAGGGGCGGUAACUUGGACUCCUUCGAUGCAAAACAGCAGAGGUUAUACCUAAAACAUUACGUGAAUUCUCCUGUCGGGUAUGUGUCAUGGCAGAAUAAAAUGGUAUGAAGGAUCGUCCUUUAGAACUGUCGAGCUUUGUUGGAUAUUAUUAAUUAUUACACUGUGAAGUUUGUGUUGUUCCUUAUUUCUAUUUACGUAUGCCUCAUUGCUGAAGAUAAAUACCUAAUUGAAAUAUGCACGUUAUAGCACACUCACACACAUAGAAUUUAUAGCUUUAAUUAAGUACCAAACAACUACUAUAAUGGCAAUGAUUUGCAAAUGACAACAUUUGUUUAUGAUCCACAACUAAAUGCGAAAAUAUUAAAUAAAUAAUUCAAGAAACAAUACAAAAUAAACAUCGAUUCACUGCCAUAAAGAAAUGAUAAAUCGCCAACUUAAUUAGAAAUUAUAAACGGCUUAGAAAAUGUGGCGGUUUGUACUACUGUGGAUUUAUUAUUAUUCGUUGGAUACCAAUUUUUGUGGGUUUCGUGGGUACAGGUGAACCACGAAUUCAAAUGUUCAACGAAUAGCAUAUUUCCAAUGGGCUUUGUAGACAGAGUUCGGCAAAACCACGAAAUCAAAUAUCCACGAAAAUGCAAGUUUUCAGCAAUCCACGAAAAUUGAUAUCCACGAAAAAAAAUGAAUCCACAGUAUUCCGUAUCAGACCGUUCUCAUUCGUACUAACCCUUACUUAUACCGUAGCAAACCGCUGUUUAUCCGCAGUACAUACGCCCGACACGUGUCGUUGCGUAUUAAAACGUGUCAUUUCCGUAUUAAACCGUGUCGUACCAUGAGAAUCCGUAUCACUCAUGUCGCCGGAGUCACAACGUUGUGCAUCCGUAUCGGAUCCUUAUCGGACUACGGAAACUGCAUUUCCGGGAUCAUCCGUGAGAUUUAAUCCGUAGUGCAACCGGCGAGGUGAUCCGUGAAUGUGUGACCUAGGCAUAACACAUGGAGGUUUCCAACCUAUAUCCCAAUUGAUGGCGUCACUAGGUGUAUAUUUACCAAGACCCAUAAAAAACGGAUAGCUCUGUGCUGAACAGCAUUUAUACAAAAAAAUCUUUAGUGCCCCAGAUGACUGCACGAUAACUUAUAACUGACCAGACUAAGCUACAUGUAUCAUAUAUUUACCAAGACCCAUAAAAAAGCGGAUAACUCUGUGCUGAACAGCAUUUAUACAAAGAAAAUCUUUAGUGCCCCAGAUGACUGCACGAUAACUUAUAAUUGACAAGACUAAUUUAAGCUACAUGUAUCAAAAAGUUUGGUAUAUGUACAAAUGUAUUAAAGUGAAAAUCUCCAUGUGCUUUACUCUUUACAAUCAGUAAAUUUAUUGCUCUCCCUGCUGACCUUGCUACAGCUUUUGCCAUCUCUUUAUAAUCAAGGAAUUCGGUCUAUUUGAUAUUUUGAUACAAUACACAAUUGUUUUUCACCAAGUAAAAAUAUUACAUUGGUUGGAUGUACAGAGGGAUUUCUAAAAUAAACAAUCUUUGUCUUUUCAAAGUUAACAUUCAAUAAUUUAUUUUUACACCAUGUAUUAAGAAUUUCUAUCAUUAAUUGUAAAUCAUUCGCAUUUUCAGCAAUUAAUAUAAUAUCAUCUGCAUAUAAUAGAAUACCAAUUGUGCAUAUCAGCAUAUCAAAUAUUAAUAAUUGUGAACGCCAUCCACCUCUUUCGACUACACAUCAGACUUAAUUAAAAUAGUAAUGUAUUUCAACAAAUAUUGAUACAGUGAACAUAUGCAUUUGAUAAAAGAUAAGCCCUUAGCCCUAAUUGAUUUGUAUCGUUAAUAAUUUUAAGAGUGAUCUACUUAUUCAUUCAAAUGACCACAGGGAACACACAAUCAGUACUACUUAUAUAAAUACAAAUACAGUUAACAAUAAUUACGAUAAACUGUUUUUUUUUUAUAAUACAUGUAAACUAAAUAUCAGUUCUGAAAUAUAUUUACUAAAAUUUCCUCUUUUUUCUAAAUUUCUUUUUUUUUUUUUUUUGCUUGCUUAUAAAAAUAAAGAGAUGUGGUAUGAUUGCCAAUGAGACAACUAUCCAUCAAAGUUCAAAUGAAGUGGAUGUAAGCAAUUAUAGGCAACCGCAUGGCCUUUAACAAUGAGACAAACCCAUACCGUAUGGUAGGCUAUAAAAAUGCCCCGACAUGAAAAAUAUAAAACAAUUCAAUUGAGAAAACUAACGGCCUAAUAUAUAAUAAAACAAUUUACGUAAAAUAAAUAUGUCAGACAUGAACCAACGACAAUUACUGAACUACAUCCUCCUGAAAUGGGACAGGCACAUAAAGAAUGUGGCGGGGUUAAACAUGUUUGUGAGCGCUCAACGCUCUCCCCUAACCUAGGACAGUGGUGUAACAGUAGUAAGACAUAAGAACGAACUAUAAAAAUCAGAUGAAAAAGGCUUAACUCAUUAGAUGGAUACAAAUAGAAAUACAUCUAACAAAAACACAGAGUGGACGUGGACGGGUACUUAUACAAACCCACAACAAAAAGACUUAAAGUACAGAUCUGAGAGUACUCGCAGUUACUGACAGCUAGUUCAAAGCCAAUAACAACUAAUAAAAAAAUCAUGUAUCUAAGACUAAAAUAUCAAUCAGUACACAUCCAACAUCCAAUGGAUUUAGUGUAAAGACGUCAUUAACAGUCAGAGAAAAACAUGACCUUGUGCAAUGCCAAAACUAUAGGUAUCGACAGAUUGUAGUAUCGUGAUAGUACAUAUGUGUUAUAUUUAGUAUGGUUUAAAUCAAUGAUAACAAAAUCAAUAUUUAUACCAAUAAAAACAAUAUUCAAAGAUUUGAUUACAGUGUUUUUUUGUUUUUGUUUUUGUUUUUGUAUUUUUUGUAUUUUUUUGUAUUAUAUUUAAUAUUUAUUCAUUUUGUUGAUG